GUCUUCAUUCAUAAGUUGCACCUUUCCCUCGAGGAACGGCUAUACAAGCUCAAGCACCGUCAACAAUAAGUCCCUAAGAAGCAUGUCACCAACGGCGACUUCUCUCGAUAAUGAAUCCGUGAAUAAUAGUCGAGUGGGAGCAAAGGGGACGACGGUGUCGGGUAAAAAGCUAAAAAUCAGGUCGUACCCGAGGUUCGAAAGUUUAGAAGAAGAGAGAUUAUAUCGCAAACAGCAUUUGGCUGCUGCAUUUAGGAUAUUCGCCGAUCGAGGUUUCGACGAAGGGGUUGCUGGGCAUAUUUCAGUUCGUGACCCCAUUCUCACUGAUCACUUUUGGCUUAAUCCCCUCUCCCAACAUUUCUCCCAAAUCUGUGUAUCAGACCUUAUCUUGGUGAACGAAGAUGGCGAUGUGGUAAUUGGAGACGAGCCAAUCAAUGCUGCAGCGUUUGCCAUCCAUUCUGAAAUUCAUAAAGCUCGUCCCGAUGUACACGCUGCGUGUCAUGCCCAUUCUGUCUAUGGAAAAGCCUACAGCGCAUUCGGUCUUCCUCUAGAUAUGAUAACUCAGGAUUCUCUCCGUUUUUACAAAUCACAUAGUGUAUAUGACAAUUUUGGGGGCAUUGUACUUGACCGCGAAGAAGGUAUCCGUAUCGCGAAGAGUUUGGGCAAUGGAAAGGCGUGUAUUCUACAGAAUCACGGAUUGUUAACUGUUGGUCAGAGUGUGGAUGAGGCAGCCUUUUGGUUCAUUAGCCUUGACAAAACCUGUCAUGCCCAGCUGCUUGUUGACGCUGCGGCUUCAGGUAGUGGGAAGACGAAGAAGAUUAUAGGAGAUGAGGAAGCUGCUUUUACUUAUGAUCAAGUCGGAGGACCAGAAAAAGGGUGGUUAGCAUUUCAAGGCUACUAUGAUGAAGUUAUGGCUAAAACAGGUGGGAAUUUCCUAAAGUGAUAACACUGAGAGGCAUGGAGAGAGAAUCUAAUCAGCCUGGUUGAUGAUCUUGUGCAAUUCCAUAUAUUCGCCGGCGCUGUCGUGGCUUGAAGCAUCGUCUAGUCUUGAUUUGACCAAUUCAUGCA